AUGUCGACUACUUCUCGUGAAGAUGCUGUUUACUUAGCCAAGCUUGCUGAGCAAGCAGAGCGCUAUGAAGGCAUGGUCGAAAACAUGAAAAGCGUUGCCUCCACUGACCAAGAAUUGACUGUUGAAGAACGCAACUUACUUUCUGUCGCUUACAAGAACGUUAUUGGUGCUCGUCGGGCGUCUUGGCGCAUCGUCUCUUCUAUCGAACAAAAGGAAGAGAGCAAGGGUAACACUGCCCAAGUUGAAUUGAUCAAGGAAUACCGUCACAAGAUUGAGCAAGAGCUUGACACCAUCUGCCAAGACAUUUUGAACGUUCUCGAGAAGCAUCUUAUCCCUAAUGCUGCUUCCGCCGAGUCAAAGGUCUUCUACUACAAAAUGAAGGGUGACUACUUCCGUUACCUUGCUGAGUUCGCCGUUAGUGACAAGCGUAAACACUCUGCCGAUCAAUCUCUUGAAGGUUACAAGGCUGCUUCCGAGUCUGCUCAAGCUGAACUUGCUCCUACUCACCCCAUCCGUUUAGGCCUUGCUCUCAACUUUUCAGUUUUCUACUACGAAAUCUUAAACUCGCCCGACCGUGCUUGCUACUUGGCUAAGCAAGCUUUCGACGAAGCUAUCUCUGAGUUGGAUAGCCUUUCCGAAGAAUCUUAUAAGGAUUCUACUUUGAUCAUGCAAUUGUUGCGUGAUAACCUCACAUUAUGGACUUCUGAUGCCGAAUACAAUGCAGCUGCUGCUGGCAAUGCCGAAGGUGCUCAAGAAGCCCCUGCUUCUUCCAACGUUCCUGCUGAGGGAGAGUCUGAACCCAAGGCUGAUGCAUAA